UUUUGUAUAAAUAGUUGCAUACAUUCACUCACUUUUUCCACACAAUAAUUUCUUCUCUUUCAGCCAAACAAUUGGUAAAAUAGGAAUUUAAGAAUGUGGAAGUUAAACAUUGCAAAAGGAGCAGAUGGACCAUAUUUGUACAGCACAAACAACUAUGUCGGACGACAAACAUGGGAGUUUGAUCCAAAUGCUGGAACUGCAGAAGAACGGGCUGAGAUCGAACAGAUCCGUCAACAAUUUUGGAACAAUCGUAGUAAAGUCAAGCCUAGUAGCGAUCUUCUUUGGCGAAUGCAGUUUCUCAGAGAGAAGAAUUUCAAACAGAGAAUUCCAUCAGUAAAAAUAGAAGAAGGUGAAGAAAUUAGCCAUGAAGUGGCAACAACUGCACUGCGUAGAGCCGUUCAUUUCUUCUCAGCCUUGCAAGCUAGUGAUGGACAUUGGCCUGGUGAAAUUACUGGUCCUCUCUUCUUUCUUCCACCUCUCGUUAUGUGCAUGUAUAUCACUGGCCAUCUCAAUACUGUAUUCCCAGUCGAACAUCGUAAGGAAAUUCUUCGAUAUUUAUACUGUCACCAGAAUGAAGAUGGUGGAUGGGGUUUGCACAAAGAAGGUCAUAGUACUAUGUUCUGUACAUCUCUGAGUUACUUAUGCAUGAGGAUCCUUGGAGAAGGACCGGAUGGUGGCAAAAACAACGCCUGCACUAGAGCAAGGAAAUGGAUUCUUGAUCAUGGUAGUGUCACUGCGAUUCCUUCUUGGGGAAAAACAUGGCUCUCGAUUCUUGGAGUUUUUGAAUGGUUAGGAACCAAUCCAAUGCCACCUGAGUUUUGGAUUCUUCCUUCUUUUCUUCCAAUGCAUCCAGCAAAAAUGAUGUGUUACUGUCGAUUGGUCUACAUGCCAAUGUCUUAUCUCUAUGGGAAGAGAUUUGUUGGUCCAAUCACACCACUCAUUUUGCAAUUGAGGGAAGAAUUAUAUGAUCAACCAUACGAUGCCAUUAACUGGAAAAGAGUACGCCAUGUAUGUGCAAAGGAGGACCUCUACUAUCCUCAUCCAUGGGUUCAAGAUUUGAUAUGGGACAGCCUCUACAUAUGUGCAGAGCCUCUAUUGACUCAUUGGCCUUUCAACAAGCUGAGAAAUAAAGCUCUUCAAGUUACCAUGAAACAUAUACAUUAUGAAGACGAGAAUAGCCGAUACAUCACUAUUGGGUGUGUGGAAAAAGUAUUGUGUAUGCUUGCUUGUUGGGUUGAGGAUCCUAACAGCGAUUAUUUCAAAAAGCAUCUUGCUAGGCUCCCAGAUUAUUUAUGGGUAUCUGAAGAUGGAAUGAAAAUGCAGAGUUUCGGUAGUCAAACUUGGGAUACUAGCUUUUCUAUUCAAGCAUUAUUGGCCAGUGAGAUGAAUGAUGAGAUAUCAUAUACUCUUAGAAAAGGACAUGACUUCUUAAAAAAAUCUCAGGUGAAGGACAAUCCUUCUGGUGAUUUUAAAGGGAUGUAUCGGCAUAUCUCAAAGGGUUCAUGGACUCUUUCAGAUCAAGAUCAUGGAUGGCAAGUAUCUGAUACUACUGCUGAAGCAUUAAGGUGCUGCCUCCUCUUAUCUACAAUGCCUUCGGAGUUAGUUGGUGAGGCAAUGGAACCUGCACAACUGUAUGACUCGGUGGAUGUUAUUCUUUCCUUACAGAGCAAAAAUGGGGGUUUAUCCGCAUGGGAGCCUGCAGGGGCGUCAAAGUAUUUGGAGUUGCUCAAUCCUACUGAAUUUUUGGAGGACCUUGUCAUUGAGCAUGAGUAUGUUGAGUGUACAGGCUCGGCAAUCAAAGCACUUGAUUGUUUUAAGAAGCAAUAUCCUGGAUACCGAACCAAGGAGGUUGACAAUUUCAUUAAUAAUGCUGUUAAAUAUGUGGAAGACGUACAGAAGCCUGAUGGUUCAUGGUAUGGAUGCUGGGGUGUAUGCUUCACAUAUGCUUCGUGGUUUGCUCUUGAAGGGCUUGCUGCAGCAGGCAAGAGUUACAACAACUGUGCAGCUGUUCGUAAAGGUGUUGAAUUUCUGUUACGAAAACAAAGGUCUGAUGGUGGUUGGGGAGAAAGCUACCGUUCUUGUCCUGACAAGGUAUACAGAGAGCUUGAAACAGAUCACUCAAAUCUUGUACAGACUACAUGGGCAUUGAUGGGAUUGAUUCACUCUGGCCAGGUUCAUAGAGAUCCAAGGCCCCUCCACCGUGCGGCAAAGCUUUUGAUUAAUUCUCAGAUGGAAGAUGGUGGAUUCCCCCAGCAGGAAAUUACUGGGGUUUUCAUGAGGAAUUGCAUGAUACAUUAUUCAUCACACAGAAAUAUAUUUCCAUUGUGGGGUUUGGCAGAAUACCGCAAGAAUGUCUUAUUACAUUAAAAGACAACUAAAUAUAUAUAGAAUGCAACUUGGUCCUUAAGAAAUAAUAUAGUUUUAUUGUUUGUUGUGUUGCUGUAAGUGAUGUAACACUGUCUAAAAUCGUAGCCUAAGAUAUUAAUAUUUUGUAUAUGGGCAUAAUUUGUGAAUAAAUGAAAUUCUAAAAAGAAAAAAAAUAGUAUAAUUUUCUCCGGAAAGUAAUAUAUGUUUAGCGUCAA